AUGAUAUUCUCAUUGGAUGAAGAAUUACAGAAUCUCCGGCUAGAUGACGGUAGUGCAAUUAUUGAUGAUGAUGGUGACGAUGAUAUUUCUAUAUCAAAAACUAUUGAUGAAGGGGCUACUUUAAGGACACACUUAUCUGUAGAUGCUAAACCUAUUCCAAGUCAAAAGGGUGUGAGUAGAAGAAGAUCUUCUGCUUUAGAAAAAUUUCAAGUUAUUACACCUGCAAACAGCAGUAAGAUUAAGAUACCAACAAUUGGGACGUCUCCUACAUCUUUGGAAAAAUCUGAAAAUUUGAUAGAAUCAUGUAUUAAACGUAGUUCACUAUCGAGAGAUUUAUAUGAUUUUAAGCCUGUUAGAGUUCUUGGGAAAGGUGCCUAUGGUAAAGUCAUUUUAGUCAAAGAUAAAUCAACUCAUAAACUAUAUGCGAUGAAACAACUUAAAAAGGCAGAGAUAAUAAUUGACAACUCGAAUAAAGAAGUUGAUUCAGAUGAUGAUAAUUUAGACAAUAUUUUAACGAAGAGUGACUCAGAUCUUUCGAAAAGAUUAGAGAGAACUUUUGCUGAAAAGACAAUUUUAUCAGAUUUAGAACAUCCUAAUAUUGUAAAAUUGUUCUAUGCGUUUCAUGAUGAAUCGAAAUUAUAUCUAUUAUUACAAUAUAUUCCAGGUGGUGAGUUAUUCUUUCACUUAAAGGAACACGGUACUUUACAAGAAGAUACAGUGGCAUUUUAUACAGCAGAAAUCAGUUGUGCCUUAAAAUUUUUACACAGUAAAGGUAUUGUUUAUAGAGAUUUAAAACCUGAAAACUGUUUAUUAAAUGAAAGAGGCCAUUUAGUUUUAACUGAUUUUGGUUUAAGUAAAAUAGCUGUUGAACAAAAUGAAGAUGUGGGUGAAGAUCAUGAAGCAGAAGGAGAAAAUAUUACUGAAUUAUAUUCAAUAAUCGGUACUCCAGAAUAUUGUGCUCCAGAAAUUUUACAAGGAUUGCCAUAUUCUCAAAAUUGUGAUUGGUAUUCCUUAGGUUGUUUAAUUUAUGACAUGUUAAUUGGUAAACCUCCAUAUACUGGUGUUAAUCAUAAAAUUAUAUUGAACAAAAUACAAAAGGACAAACAGGGUCCAAAAUUGCCAUAUUAUCUAAGUGACGGAAUGAAAGACGUAUUGGGAGCACUGUUGAAGAAGGAAAGUAAAAAAAGAUGGGAUGUUGAUCAGUAUUGGAAAGAAACUAAUGAUAAAUCAGGAUCUAAGCAAGGUAAAAAGAAGAAUAAAAAGGAAAGAACCAGUACUUUCCAAUCGCAUUUUAUUUUCCGCAAAGUUGAUUGGAAAUUAAUGGAAAGUGGUGAAUCACAAAAGAAGACAUUAGGACCAAUAGUACCAAUAAUUACAAAUUGGGAAUUAGCAGAAAAUUUUGAUUCUGAAUUCACAUCAAUGUCAUAUGAGGAUAGUGAAGAGAUUAUCGAUGGAAUUGAAAUAGUCAGGAAAUCAGAUUAUUUAUUCAAAGGAUUUAGUUAUAAGGCAAGUGGAAGUUAUUUAGAAAGAUAUUUCUAA